CCCGGCGUGCCCCGCACUCGCCGCUGCCCGCCCGCCCCUCCCUCUCCUACCAGUGCCACAGAGCCGGAGUCCGAGCCGCCGCCGCAGCCACAGCCGCGGGCACUAUGGCUUCUGGAGUUACAGUGAAUGAUGAAGUCAUCAAAGUUUUUAAUGAUAUGAAAGUAAGGAAAUCUUCUACACAAGAGGAGAUCAAAAAAAGAAAGAAAGCCGUUCUCUUCUGUUUAAGCGAUGACAAAAGACAAAUAAUUGUAGAAGAAGCAAAGCAGAUCUUGGUGGGUGACAUUGGUGAUACUGUAGAGGACCCCUACACAUCUUUUGUGAAGUUGCUACCUCUGAAUGAUUGCCGAUAUGCUUUGUACGAUGCCACAUACGAAACAAAAGAGUCUAAGAAAGAAGACCUAGUAUUUAUAUUCUGGGCUCCUGAAAGUGCACCUUUAAAAAGCAAGAUGAUUUAUGCUAGCUCUAAAGAUGCCAUUAAAAAGAAAUUUACAGGUAUUAAACAUGAGUGGCAAGUAAAUGGCUUGGAUGAUAUAAAGGACCGUUCAACACUUGGAGAGAAAUUGGGAGGCAACGUAGUAGUUUCACUUGAAGGAAAACCCUUAUAAAAUGACAGUCAAGUGCCAUCUGGAUCUUAAGGAGCUUCCAUUUCUCCAGCUCAAUCAAUUGAAAUAGUAUUAGGUGUUUUGUUUUGUUUUGUUUUUUCUUUCUCUUCCCACUGGGUCCUUCCAAUACAGUGAAUGAAGGAAAUACCAUUCAUGUAAGCAACCUAUCAGUGAUUGCCAUUAGACUGUUUAAUACUGUUACUUUAAUGUAGAAUCCAAGGAAUGCCUUCCCAUCAUAUUUUAGCCAAAAUAACUGGUUAUGUGCCUCCCUUGCAGCAAGCACUACAAUGAAAGUGAUUGUCAAUGUGAAUAGUUAGAAUACUGCAAAGGGUAAGCUGAUUGGAUGCCUUGAAAGUAUUAUCCACUGGUCAGAUGGUAAACUUUAUUCAGUAUUAUUAUUUAUAGUUGCACUUGAUUGCAGUUCUGUGAGGCUCAAGCAUUCAUACACCUCACCUGCCUUGGCAAGCCUAUUUUUGUGACAUGGCAGCACAGAUACAACACUAUGCAUUGAAAGCACUUUUUUUGUAAUGAGUUUAACCUCCCACCGCUCCCCCAAAAGGAAUGCCAAUUAAGUUUUGUUAACUGUGUCAUCCACUUAUCCUAGUACCUCAGUAUUCAUUCCUGUUACCUGCAUAUCUUAAAAGAAAUAGCUGUUACUAAUGCCUCUUCAUUUUCCAUUGAGUGUACACUACUGAAUAAGUGUAGGAGUUUAUGUUUACCAUGUAAGUUUUGCAACACUAAAAGUAUUUUGAAUAUCGGUCAUGAUGGCAAUUUCUGUAUAAAAGAGCCUUAAAUGGAACAUUGUUUUUGAGAUCAAACCCCACCCUCACAAUAAUGGCCACGUUGCAAUAAAAAUUGUGGCAUAUUA